AUGACCAAAACCACCCGAGACGACAACCAUGUUGUGAUUGACAGAAAUGGCAUCAUCGAGAACCGACACCAGCUCCACGCCGUAGUCGUCGACUCGACCGGCCGCGUCCUCCUCGCCGUCGGCGACCCGGACCGCGUCACCCUCGUCCGGUCCGCCGCCAAGCCCGCUCAGGCCGUCGCCAUCGUCGAGACGGGCGCCCUCGAGUGCUACAGCCUGGAUGACGCCGACCUCGCCCUCAUGUGCGCCUCGCACAGCAGCGAAGAGCGGCACGUCGACCGCGCCCGCCGCAUCCUCGCCGCCGCCGGCAACGCCGAGGCCGACCUGCGCUGCGGCGGCCACCCGGCCAUCCUUGCCGAUCGCAACGCCGCCUGGCUCCGCGCCGGCUUUGACCCGACCCCCGUCUGGAGCAACUGCUCCGGCAAGCACGCCGGCAUGCUGGCCGCCGCGCGCGCCAUCGGUGCCGGCCCAAGCGACUACCACCUCCUGUCGCACCCGCUCCAGCAGCGCGUGAGGCGCGUCACCGAGGAGAUUGCCGGCCUCCCAGCCCCGGAGCAGCAGAUCCGCUGGGCCGUCGACGGGUGCAACAUGCCCGCGCCGGCGUACCCGCUCGUCCGCCUCGCCACCACCUACGCCGCAUUCGCCGACGCGGCAGACGGCGACGACGAGGCGCCGCCGGCGAGGCGCCGCAGCAUGGCGCGCGUGUUCCGUGCCAUGGCCGCGCACCCGGACAUGGUCGCGGGCGAGGGCCGCUUUUGCACGGAGCUGAUGCGGGCGUUUGGUGGCCGCGUGGUGGGCAAGGUCGGCGCGGACGCGUGCUACGGCGUCGGUGUCCGCGCGGGCGAGGAUACGAGGCGACUCGGCGCGGUGGGCGCGGUGGGCAUCGCGGCCAAGGUCGAGGACGGCAACAUGGACAUCCUCUAUGGCGCCGUCGCAGAGAUUUUGGGGAGGCUGGAGAUUGGAGACGCGGAGACGCGGGCCGCCCUGGACGGGUUCCAUGGGGUGGUGGUCAAGAAUACGGUGGGCGUCGUUACGGGUCGCGUGUCGUAUCCUUUUAAGCUACAAGCUGUUCAGGUGUCAUGUUGA